GACGAGACUCCAUCAGUACCUUGCUAAUGAGCAGUAGUGUCUCCAUGGUGCUUGCGUUCCUCUAACUUAGGUCGGCAAUUAUUGCCGUGCUUCGUUGAUUCAGGUUCAGCAUUACAGAGUCAGUCCUGUUCACCAAGAGCAUCAACAUUGUUAAUCUCGUGGCUGAUUUAUUAUCUAGUAGAGAAAGGCUAUUGUUAUUAAGCAACUGCUAGACCAAUAGCCCACCUAGUGCGGACACUGAUUAGAUGCAACGCCAAACCGCGCUAGCAACUUGCUGACUAUGAACCUCCAUAGGGAUUAGCGUUAGCCCGGUGCACUACAUAAGCUGCACGGGGAUAGGUUAUGUGGUGGCCGUUGUUGUUGUUGUUGCUUGUUCUGCUGCUUACUGAGUACCUAGCUACCCCGUGGGCCUUCUCAUUCUUGGCCUUUCUCCUGGGUGCGUGCUUUCCGGUUGACCUUCCUCACGAUGUG